AUGCUCCGAGGCUCGGACUCACUAUCAAGCUCUACCUACUAUGCUGAGCCUUGCUCUAUCAGUCGUUCUCUUCCCCACCCGUCCCACACCUGUCACCCAUUUAGGCGCUGUAAGGCGGCCGCACGGAAAGAGACAGAUGUGAGACAGAGCAAACUACUCUACUGCGUACGGAGUACAUUGGACGAGUUUCUGGGAGACUGGUAG